AUGAAUGUCUUUCAGGUGGAACAGUUCUGGCGGUUUUACAGCCACAUGGUCCGUCCUGGGGACCUGACAGGCCACAGCGACUUCCAUCUUUUCAAAGAAGGAAUUAAGCCGAUGUGGGAGGACGAUGCCAACAAGAAUGGGGGCAAGUGGAUUAUCCGCCUGCGGAAGGGCCUGGCGUCUCGGUGCUGGGAGAACCUCAUUCUAGCAAUGCUGGGAGAACAAUUUAUGGUGGGGGAAGAAAUCUGCGGGGCCGUCGUCUCUGUCCGUUUCCAGGAGGACAUCAUCUCCAUAUGGAACAAGACGGCCAGCGACCAAGCCACCACGGCCCGGAUCAGGGACACCUUACGACGCGUACUCAACCUUCCCCCCAACACCAUCAUGGAGUACAAAACGCACACGGACAGCAUCAAGGAUAACUCCAGCUUCCGAAACACCAAGAUCACAUUGUGACAAGGAAGUGAGGAAGCGACUCCAACCAGCUCUUCCUCGGUGCGGCCCGGAGACGUGGGGGGAAGCGCCUCCCUCGACGCCCUGCAGUCAAAGUUUGCGGGACGGCCUGGACCUUUGACCCUCCAAGACGGCCUUUACACCCAUGUCAAAGACUGACCUUUCGGAAGACCUGGGACCCGCCAGGCCGAGCAGGGGAAAACUGUCCUUGGCAGUUCCUCGGGGACCCUUCCCCACCCGGCUUCCCUCCGGGCAGCUCCUCUCGUUCAGGGCCCACGUCUGCCUGGAGGGUUUCCAGUAUUAUGACGGUCUCGGCUGCGGCAGAGGCCGUCGGAGAAUUGGCACCCCUUCCUCUGCCAAUAAACCAUUCGGCUCCUAGUU